CCGGAGUGUUCUCACCCAUUUUGACGAGUCCAAGCCACUGGUGUUGGCAUGUGACGCAUCACAGUAUGGUCUGGGGGCCAUCCUUAGUCACAGGGACCCUGACGGGAGUGAGAGGCCAAUUUCGUUUUACUCACGGACUCUGUCCGAUACAGAGCGCAACUAUGCUCAAAUAGACAAGGAGGCUCUGGCCAUUGUGGCAGGUGUUAAAAAAUUCCAUGAUUAUGUCUAUGGUCGGCCUUUUACCAUUCAGACUGAUCACAAGCCCCUGCUAGGGUUGUUCGUCCCUCACAAACAGACUCCUCAGAUGCUCUCUCCUCGCAUGCUACGUUGGUCCAUAUUUUUAAAUGGGUAUCAGUAUGAGUUGUGUCAUGUAAAGGGUACACAUCUAUGCCAUGCGGAUGCCCUAAGCUGAGUGUGUCAUGAUGCUAGAGGCGCUGCCGGGCCCUCCGGUCAAGGCCCCCGAAAUUGCCACCCGAACAAUGAGAGACCCCGUCCUUGCCCGUGUCCUUGCUUGGGUGGGGAGGGGAUGGCCAGAGGGUCCCCAGCCAGAGUGUUUCAGGGCAUUCAAAACCAGGCAGCAUGAGCUCUCCCUGCACCGGGGGUGUCUGCUGUGGGGGGACAGAGUGAUUAUUCCAGAACCCCUCAGGAACAGGGUGCUGGGCACGCUCCACAUGGGGCACCCAGGUAUGGUCCGAAUGAAAUCCUUGGCUAGGUGCUAUGUGUGGUGGCCUGGAAUGGACCAGGACAUUGAGAAAUGGGUACGAACAUGCACCUCAUGUCAGGAGGUGAGACCUGAUGUACCAAGGGCACCAGUCCACUGGUGGGAGCAGGCACGGACUCCCUGGAGCCGUCUGCACAUUGAUUUUGCGGGACCCCACCAAGGGAAAGUAUUCCUGGUAGUAGUGGAUGCCUACUCAAAGUGGUUGGAAGUGGCAGUAGUUCCCAGCAUGACCUCCGCUGCGGUCAUUCGGGUGUUGAGGCAGCUGUUCGCAACCCACGGUCUGCCAGAGACUAUCGUGUCGGAUAAUGGAAUGGCCUUUGUAUCUCAGGAGUUUAAGGCAUUCCUGGCAGACAACUUCAUUAGGGGGGCAACGUCGGCCCCGUUCCACCCAUCGUCUAAUGGACAGGCAGAGCGGAUGGUACGGACGGCAAAAGAGGCUAUCGCUCGCCUGCUGGAGGGGGACUGGGCAGCCCGAAUUGCCCGGAUGCUAUUUUUGCAGCAUGCCACGCCCUGCACUGUCACGGGCAAGUCACCCGCUGAACUAUUGAUGGGCCGUCGGUUGGUCACCAUCAUGGACUUUGUACACCCGGACAAAAACCCGUCCCGUCCUGCUCAAGCUCAGCCAGAGCCCGAAAGGGACACCACACGCUACCUCACCCCAGAAGAGCUAGUCUGGGUACGAAACUACGCCAGAGGUCCGGCAUGGGUGCCAGGUGUUGUCACCCGUGCCAGUGGUCCAGUCUCGUAUUUCGUUACGCUGGACGACGGUCGAGUGAUGCGACGCCAUAUAGACCAGCUGCGUCGGCGUGCCCCCAACAGUACCCAAAGUGAUGGGAACUCGGCCGACCUAGAGGAAACACUGCCUGACACCGAAUCCCUGCAGCCUCCUACCCAGGCCAGUUCCAGCGAUUUGGAAAUGCCUCCACCAGAAGGUAGCAGCAUCCCCGCCUCCUCAGAGAUGCUGCCCCCAGCCAGGGAUGUGUCUCCACCGCCCAUCCUGCCUGCAACACCACCGUCACCCCAAGUUCCGGUGCAGCAGACUCCAGCCACUCCUGUUCCUAGGAGGCCCCAGCGGAACCGCCGGCCACCUAAUUACUUGAGGGACUUUGAGUGCUUCGCGCACUAG